AUGUUGUUUAAAUCAUUGUUUCUGUCAUCUUUUUUUGUUGGCUCUCUCGCCGGGAUUCUAUUCCAACAACGCCCUUCCCUAUCGACUUUAGACGACGACAAUGACGUCAACUGUACCAGCGGUAGGCCGUCGGGUUGUCAUGGCUGUAACGUGAGAUGGAACAAGUCUCUCGAUGAAGAUUACAUUUGUGGUGAUAAACGUCUGGGACCGAAAGCUCUCCCAGUGACUUUACCUCUCAGCACAUUUGUUGCCGGUUACGAUCGUUUUGGAAAGAAGUCACCGAAUGACUUUCUCGCAGAAUGGUGGAAUUCUACAAUGGUGUGGGACAUCGAUAAGGGGGCAGAUCGGGAACAUGGAUGGAGAUUUCCGCCGUUAAAUGGCUUUGCUUUAGACCAGGAUCAAAUCCCCAUGAAGGCAUAUAUAGACCUCGAGGUCGGCACACUAGUUGAUCGUUUUGGUGGGACUGGCGGACGCUUUAUCUCUCCCGCCACAGCCCCUUUUGCGCAGAGAGCUCUUCAUCCACAGAGCCUCAACACCAGACCAGAGAAAGAGUUCCCUAAUGACUAUCAUGUAUAUAACGUUACAAAGCCCUUUUCCGUUUUGUCUGGACCCAUCAAGCCAUGGUUUGGUCAGCCUGGGUACGGCGUGCAGUUCUUCCUGGGUAUUGGUACCACGGUUCAGGAUCACAUUAACAUGACAAACUUGGUGGAAGUAGAUCCUUCUAAGUUGCCAACACAAGGGAUAUUGCGCUGCUAUAGCGAGGAUUGUAUGAUAGACGGAGAGCUGUGA